UUUAAAUGUCAACUAGGCAGAAUGUGCUAGACAUAGAACAAGUAUUGUCAGUUUCAUCCAAUAAUAAAUAAUAUCAAUCAAUAGCAAGUUUAUUGAUUUCUGUUUACAAAAUACUCAAUUUUUACGUGUUAAUAUGCUUUUUACGGUGCUUUAUCUUAUAUUCAUUCUUUUUUUUAUAAUUAGUUUGAUUUCCUUCAUACUAAUAUUAAAAAAAUUCAGACAAAAAGCAUUAGUUUCAAUCGGUUUUUUCAAUAAAAAAAAUGAAAUGAGAAAGUUUAUUCAAGCAUCUGGUCCACUACCUUGGCCAAUUGUGGGGAACUUGGACUUACUCGGUAGAUUUUCAAAAAAUCCAUUCGAGGCUUUCAGUUCACUAACAAAACGAUAUGGAGACAUCUAUUCUCUAACUCUGGGUCACACGCGGUGUUUAGUGGUUAACAAUAUUGAUUUAAUAAAAGAGGUUUUAAAUAAGAACGGAAGAUACCUUGGUGGACGUCCGGAUUUUAUUCGAUAUCAUAAAUUAUUUGGUGGAGAUCGAAACAAUUCUCUUGCUCUAUGCGAUUGGUCACAGUUACAACAAAGGAGGAGAAACUUAGCUCGUCGUCACUGUUCCCCUCGGGAAUCAUCUUCAUACUUUUCAAAAAUGUCUGAAAUUGGAUGUACAGAGAUCGAUAACUUGAUUAAACAAUUAAAAAUAAUAUCAUUUGAAAAAUCAUACGAUAUAAAACACCUAAUUCUCAAAGCGAGCGCCAAUAUGUUUUGCCAAUAUAUGUGUUCAACUCGGUUUAAUUACAAAGAUAAAGAGUUUCAAAAAAUAGUUGAAUACUUUGAUGAAAUAUUUUGGGAAAUUAACCAGGGAUAUUCACUCGAUUUCUUGCCAUGGCUUAAACCUUUUUAUAGUUGUCACACAAAGAAGAUUAUGCAUUGGUCUACAACAAUAAGAAAAUUUAUUUUGGAUAGAAUUAUCAACCAAAGGGAGAAAAGGGUGGAUUUAGAUGAACCUGAUAAAGACUUUAUUGAUUCUUUGCUUAAGAGUUUAAAGCAGGAUAAGGAUGUAUCCCGAAACACUAUAAUUUUUAUGCUGGAAGAUUUUAUUGGUGGACACUCAGCUGUCGGAAACUUAGUUAUGUUAGCUCUGUCAUAUAUAGCAAAGAAUCCUAUGAUUGGUGAAAAAAUUGAGAAAGAGGUUUACAAUAUAUCACAAAAGGGAUCCCGAAGAAUCAGCCUUUUAGAUAUGAAAACAAUGCCAUACACCAUGGCGACUAUUUUGGAAGUACUUCGCUGCUCUUCUUCUCCUAUAGUUCCACAUGUAGCAAUGGAAGACACAGUAGUUGCAGGUUUUGGGGUAACAAAAGGAACUAUUAUAUUUAUAAAUAACUAUACGUUAAAUAUGAGCGAUAAAUACUGGCUAAAUCCAGAAAAGUUUGAACCUGAACGAUUUUUGGAAGAAUACACCCACUCUUUGAAAACAAAUAAAAAUAGACGAAGUUCAAAUGGCUCAGACUCUGGUAUUGAGUUCGAAAGUGAUAGAGGAAUUGGCAAUAAAAAAAUAAUUAAUCAAAACGUUUCAAAAAAAAAUGGUAAACAGUCAACAAAAAUUAAAUUAUAUAAGCUAAAAAAAAAUGUGACUCAUUUCCUUCCCUUUAGUAUAGGUAAGCGCACGUGUAUUGGACAAAAUUUGGUAAAAGGUUUUGGAUUUAUUUUAUUAGCAAACAUAUUGCAAAAUUUUUAUGUAACAAGUAUAGAUUUAUCAAAAGUAAUUGUCCAUAAAGCAUCUGUGGCCUUACCGGCAAAAUGUUUUGAGUUAGUAUUGUGUCCCAGAGUAGAACCUUUUAAAAAAGUAACUUAAGUUAUGAAAAUGUACCUACAUUAAACAAAAGAAUUCUUACAAAUAUUAAUUUGUUUGGUUUACUCAAAAAUAAACCAUUUAAUUUUUAAGCGCCUUUUCGACUUAUUAGAUUAACGAUUAAAUAAAAUAAUAUAGUAGAUGGCUGGAA